UUAUGUUAGGAACGGGAUUAUGCUCUUUGCUGAAGGUGCUGGCGCUGGCAGGGGCGGUCGUCGCGGUCCUGCCGGAGGAUCUGGAGGAGCGCGCCGUUCCCACCCCGGCCAAUCUCCAGGAGGAAUGCGCCUCCAAGUGCCCGAACCUGGAUCUCACGCAGAAUCGAACGGAUGACCUGAGCUCGGAGGUGGGAUGCGGCGUGAGAUGUAAGAUCGAUCAGUGUACAAAAGGCUGCGAGGCAUGGGAACAGGCGCUCGACACAAGCUGCCAGGCUGUUUGCAAUGGAACGCAGGAAUUGUUACCACCGAAAGAAUUGUACUGCGUUUUGGGCUGCCAUGACGCAUUAAAUCGUUACUUCCAGAAGCUCAAAGCGGAUAUCGGUACCCCACCGGCGCCGGCAUUGGUCGCGGACUCGUUGACGGCGACGUCGCUGAGCCUCGAAUGGAAAGGUGUGGACAUAGGCAGACGCGCUGGCAUUUCAUACCUGGUGCAGUGGAGAUACGAAGAACUUGCUGAGACGUGGCAAUACUGCCGGAAUCAGACAUGGGACGAAGGCGAUCAGAUAUUGGUCGAGAACUUGCAGCCGUACACCAAGUACAGGUUUCGCGUAGCGCUGCUCCUGAAAUCGUCGCAGCACAAUCCGGAACCGAUCGUCUCGGCGCCGAGCGUGGUAAUAUUAACGUACGCGGCCGGUCUACCGACAUCAGCACCGGUAAUUGUAAGAGCGGCUGCGGUAGACAGCUACCGCAUCUCUGUGUCUUGGGAACCGGGCCCGUUCCCGAACGGCCCACUUUUGUCCUAUGUCCUGCGUCUGCGAGGGGUUGAACACUCCCAGCUUAAGGAUCUUCCGGUCUCCGAGAAUACCAAUCACUAUAUGUUUCAAAACCUCGAACCCAGUGAGAAUUAUGUUAUCAGCGUGACUAUGAGAAACGGCGUCGGCGAGGGUCCGCCUGCAACUAUCAACAUCACUAUGCCCCCAGAACCUGUCGUCAAGGACACCCAGCAACCAAUUCUCAUCCUCGGUGGCGAGCACGUGGUCAUGAAACAGGGCGCCGAUAUGUUGGACGAACCCAGUUUAAUUUUUCGAACCACUAACAUGAUCCGCGGAGUUGCCAUACACGUGGCGUCCGAUCAGCUAUUCGUUUCCACCUCGACGGGUCACGUGUACCGAACUUCGAUCAUCGAACGAACCGCACCGAAAGUCAUUUUGAGCCCCGACGAAAUAAACAUCAAACCUUUGAGCCUUUCCGUCGAUUGGCUGAAUCUUCACCUGUACGUCUUAAGAGAGGUAAAACACGCGACGACGGCGUGGCAGAUAGCCAGAUGCAAUCUGGAUGGCAAGAGUUUGACAGUGGCUCUGGCUGGAAUUAUAAAUCGACCCUCGCAUAUCGAGGUCGAUCCUUAUAACGGAUACCUCUUCUGGACAACUAAACUGGGACUGUUCAGAUUAGAUUUGGCCGAUAUCAGCAACGGUGUGAAACACGAGGUCAAACCAUAUUUCAUUCUCGAAGAUGCUCAUUUGGGUGCUUUUACGGUAGACCAUACGAACUUUCGAUUACUCGUUCCUCAUCACAUUCAAAACACAGUGAUGUCCGUAUCACUGGAUGGUCGCGAGGUUGUUAAUCUUCGCCCCAAUACGCAAAAUCCGAAAUUCAAUAAUGUUGUUUCCCUAGCUAUGGCAAACGGACUGUUCUAUUGGACUAAUAGCGAAGAAGUCCUUACCGAAGGCUACCAUGCUGGCCAAAAUAGAUACUUCCACAAUUCGUAUCCUGACAAGUCCGAUACCUCCUUUGUGAGCGUGACCGUAUACAUGAAUGCAAGUCAGCCGGUUCCCGUCCCAGUGAACCCACCCACAGGUGUGCAAGCUGUUCUCGGGGCGGAAAGGGUAAAGGUUUCCUGGCAAGCUCCUCAUUUAUUGGGCGGCCAAGGAAAAGGCGCCUGGCAAAACUGGUCAUACGAGCUCGCAAUCAAGGACGAAUCUACCGGCGAAACUAUCCAUCAGAAAGGUAUCGUCGGAUCAUCUUAUACUGUUCAUAAUUUGCAAGAAAGAUCGGAAUAUUUGAUCAAAGCCGCGGCUUACACGAGCGCUGGCAGAGGACCGUGGUCUACGGAAUUCCGGGGACGAACUUUAAGAAAUGGAUCGCGCGCAUCUAUUUUGUGGUCGUCGAACGAAGGAAUUUUGAGAAGCGACGUAACCGGCGAAAAUAUCGACACGCUUAUUAACAAAGCGACUCUGAAGGAGUCCGAGAAUGAAUUCCAUAUUGUCGACGUUAGUUGGUACAAGGACGUGCUGUACAUAGUGGGAAAUAAUUCCGCACUAUAUCGUUAUAACGUCAGCAACCAUCAGAAAACGAAGCUGAACAUACAUUCGGUGGGAAGCGUCGCCGUGGACUGGAUAUCGAAAAAGCUAUAUUGGGCAAAUCCAAAACAGCAAAUUAUAACAAGAGCAAACUUGAACGGAUCUCAGCAAGAGCCGAUGUCUAUCUUAGCAAUCGUGAAAGAACUCAUGAUCGAUUCUCUGGAAGCGUACUUGUACUGGUCCACUGGUCAUGCUGUGGAAGUUGCGCGAUUGAAUGGGCAAGACAGAAGAUACUAUCAUUUAGAUGAAAUUUUCAAUGGCAAACAAGUGAUGGGAUUAACUCUCGACACUGAAAAUAGAUAUGUCUAUUGGAUUGUCCGAAGCUACGAAAGCGGAUCCAUCGUCUAUCGUGCACCUACAUCCGAGAGAAUUCCAAUGAGUCACAAAAUUAUCCCAGAAAAGGUUUCGGCUUUGCAACAUCCAAAUAUGCAAGGACCGCUGUGCUAUUUUUCCGAGCACCUGCUGUGGCUGCAGGACGACAGGAACGCGGUGAUCGGUGAUCUCUCCGGUCAGAACACCGCCGUCAUCAAUGGGAUAACUUUGUCCGGCUUGUAUAUGGUGGCCGUCAUGGAUCCUGCGCUUCAUCAGUAUCCGGAAAAUCUGACGUCGGAAACCGUGGUGGUUCUGCCGAACGCAGUCGAUCUCGAUAGCAUAAGAGUCGAAGGGACCUGGAGAAACUUCAACAUAUCCUGGGAUCCUGUCAAGAACAUCAACUACGGCACGGUCUUCUACGAAGUGAAAUUCGCGGAUUACAUUAAUACGAAUUCGAACCCGGAAAUCACGAUUGAAACGACGAUGCCCUACAACAAUUCGGAUCAGAUUCUGCCAUAUUCCGUUCUGGAGGUCACCGUGAAGGCAUUUACUUAUUGGGAAACGGCGCAUCAUUCCCGGAAGAUCCUGAGAUCUCCGCAGAGCGUGCCGACCCAGCCAACAUCUCCCAGAGCAUUCGUGGAGUUUUACAAGAAGGUCCUAAUCGAGGAUGUCGACAUUUUUACGAUAUUUAGAUGGAAUCAACCCGAAUUUACAAACGGGGUAAUCGAGGGAUACACGGUCCAAUGUUGGUUCAUCGAGAACCAGAAGGAAAUGCCAAUCUGCAACGACUACAGCAUCCCUGCCACGGUACUGGAAUUCACGGUGCACAAUCUAAGACCCAACAUGACCUAUUACUUCAAAGUACGAGCGCAUACCAAGAUCGGCGCCGGUCCUUACACGGAUUCAAUCAGCGUAUCGACCACGCACGAGAAUCCGGUGCCCGAAUUAUUAGUCGCCACGCAGGCGGACGCUGUGAAGAUAUCGGAUCUGGACAAAGAAAUUAAUUAUACGCUCACCAGACACAUCGCAACAGAGGUCAAUUACCUGACGGCGGAAAAUAAGAUUUACUGGAUCAGCGGGAUGCGGGAACUGGUGACGGCGGAGAUGAACGGAGCCAACGCGACGAAAAUACUCGCUCUAAACAACACCGCGCACAGCCUCUGCAUCGACUGGGUGGCAAGAAAUCUAUACUGGGUGGAACAGGAAAACAAAGACGAGCCGUGGAAAAUCAGCAGCUACAUCAUGAGAUUGGAUUUAACAAUGUGGCAGGCAGGCAUAGUCAAAUACGACAAUAUUUUAAGAAGAAGAGGACGUAUCCCGAUUUUAGAUAUGCUGCCGUCUCCAGGCUCUUUAUAUUGGAUCGAGACGAAUGAGGGAGGUACGAUAAUGCAGUCGGAUCUCGAAGGGAAAAACGUGCAAUACUUUUUCCGAAACAACGGCAGCAGGUGUACCUGUUCACAAAGACCACAAUUAAUAUCCACGCUGACAAUCGACAAAACUAAUAUCCAAGAACCGAUGAUGUAUUGGGUAUCAUCGGACGGACAUUUAAACGUGGCUGACAUUUACGGUUGCGCGUGCAACGUGGUAUUAAAGACAAGCUUCAAAUCAGCGACUCUCACGGUUGACAAAAUAAACAUAUAUUGGUCCAACGAAACGAAGGAUCAUAUUUAUUUUCUGAAAAAGGAACGUUCCUUCGUGGCGGACAAGGAAAACUCGUCCGAACCGGAGGUGAAGAGCUUCUAUCUGCCCGACGUACGUCGGAUCAGGGCCCUCGGCAAAUCCCUGCAACCCUAUCCCACCGCGAAGUGCCUGAUACCUCGCCAAAUGAGCUACAAUGUCGAGAGAGUGAGCGAAACGGCGAACAGCAUCGUCGUCAGUCUUCCCGAGCCGAGUCCUGAACGCGGAUGUCAAAGGUAUAGUCUACCCACCACGCUGUACAUCAUCCACGUGUCCCACUGUUCGAAGAACGAUCCCAGCAAGUGCGAGGAGACGAGGAUGCAGACGUACGAGAGACGUUACGAGAUUGCGGAUUUGAAGCCAUUCACGGAAUACAAGCUGAAGCUGGCACUGAGCAAUUUCUAUGCCGAUCUGCAGUCGAUGAGGCCGGCGUUCGGCGCGGACGUGGUGCUGAAGACCAGCGCGGGGAGGCCCAGCAUGCCGGAAAACGUUACGGUUCGGGCGCUGACGCCGACACUAGCGGCGGUCUAUUGGAUGCCACCCAAGAUACUGAACUCCGCCGUGGUGCACUACGAGGUGCACUGGCGGUCGUUGGACCUCUUGCAGAACGGCGUGCGGCAGAAGGGCGAGCAGCUGAUCACAGAGCCCGAGCGCACGGCGGACGGCAGAUUUUUCACUACGCUGCAGCCGUUCCUGCCGGGGCAGGAAUACCUGGUGUACGUGCGCGUGUACCCUGCCAAUUCCAACGAUUUCUACAACGAGAGCCGCAACCAAACCAUUCGCAUGUACCCGGAGCCGAACAACUUGACGAUGGCCGGGGCCAGCGUCAACAGCAUGAACAUCUCUUGGACCCGAAGCGUCAACCUGACGGUCGGCUACCUGUUGGAGUACAAGGACGUUGCGGUGGAGGAGUGGCAAAUCGCGCGGCACGUUGAGGUGAACGAGGACCGAGUGAUGUAUCGUAUAGAAGACCUGCAGCCGCGCACCUUGUACAAGUUUCGCUUGAGGCUGAAGUAUCCCAUGUACAAGGAGGACUUUGUAUGGCCGCCUGAUGGGAGGUUCACAUUCCAAACGUUUGGUGACGUCCCGAGCGCUCCGGGGGUGCCUGUGGUAACGAGAUUCCGAAAUUCGGUGUAUCAGUUAAAUUGGGAACCCGCGCAAGCUCACGGCUCGCAAGUCACACUGUAUCGGCUGGAAGGCUUGGUCGUCGACGACAGUGACAAGCAAGACGAUGGGAGUGGCAAAAGUGAACAAUGGAAUUUAUAUUACAACGGAACGGACAUCUACUGGAUAAUUCCCGGGGACGUCAAUCAGAAGUAUCAGUUUCGCGUGCAAGCCAAAAAUGCCUACGGUUUCGGCGCAUGGAGUAAACCGAGCGCGGUCGUUGAUUUAACAGAGUCCGCCGGGGGGAUAUUGACUGCGCAACAGCAACUACCGACGGUGUAUGGCUUCAUCGCGAUCGGCAUUACCAUAUUUUUGGUGUGCUUUUGUUAUUUUUUCUGCCCAGUGUACCGACAACGGAAAGAAGACAAGAAGACAGUUUUGCCCCCGAUAGUGUCCGACGUCGAAUUAGCGACCCUCCGCGAGAUUCCUCGCGGGAACUUCGUUCAGUCUAACGCACUUUACGCUUCUACGCUGCAAAAUGAUCCGGAUGACUCCGCCCUGCCGAAAAUCAGAAAAGACCAAAUUACGAUGACGAAGUUCCUAGGCAGCGGCGCAUUCGGAAAGGUAUCCCAAGGGAAUGCUAUGGAUUUAGAAGGACCAGGCAUAACGCCCGUUGCCAUAAAGACGCUACGAAAGGACGCGUCUUCGCAAGAGAAGACGGAAUUCUUGCAAGAGGCCAGGCUCAUGAGCCAUUUUCGUCACAAGCACGUGCUGAGGUUGCUUGGCGUUUGCUUGGAUACGGAUCCUCCAUUACUAGUGCUAGAAUUAAUGGAGGCCGGUGACCUGCUGAGCUAUUUGAGAGAGAGUCGGUCCCUGCAACCCACAGACUCACACGCUCUGCGUCUGCAGGACCUGCUCGCCAUGUGCGAGGACGUCGCGCGGGGCUGCCGCUACCUGGAGGAGCUGCAUUUUGUGCACAGAGAUCUCGCGUGUCGGAACUGUCUGGUGUCCGCGAGGGAUCGCGAGAACCGCGUCGUGAAAAUUGGCGACUUCGGUCUAGCCAGAGAUAUUUACAAGAAUGAUUAUUACCGCAAGGAAGGAGAAGGUCUGCUACCCGUACGCUGGAUGGCGCCGGAAUCCUUGGUGGACGGGGUAUUCACCUCGCAGAGCGACGUUUGGGCGUUCGGCGUGUUAAUGUGGGAAAUCACGUCGUUAGGCCAGCAACCCUAUCCCGCCAGAAAUAAUCUCGAAGUGUUGCAUUACGUGCGUGCGGGCGGCAGGCUGCCGAAGCCCCUCAAUUGCCCGUCGACGUUACACCAGCUGAUGCUGCGCUGCUGGAGCGCGGCGGACGCCAGGCCGAGCUUCAAAAUUUGUCUCGAGAGCAUCGUCAUCCUGAGGAGUCACAUAGAAGACGCGGUGCUGAGCCCCGUGCACGCUGGACACUAUCUGGCACGCAGAGGCGUGUCUAACAUGGCUUACUUUGCUGACGAGAAUCAGAAUCAUAAUAAUUCAGGGAACUCCUGGAAGUCCAGUAGUUCUGAGGGGAGCCGAGACAUGCAACCCUUCCUGCAAAACUCGAACAACGCCACGCCGGGCCCGCAAUCCGGCGAGGCUCCCAAGUAUCUAGAAUUGUUAGCAGACAACGAAGAUAUCGUCCUAAGGGAGAAUCCCGCCAACGGUUACGAAAUACCUCGCUCGAUCCACAUCUCGGAUCAGAAUCUCGCGAAUAUAAGCAGGAUCAGUUGCACGAGUCACGAUCGUAAGAGCAGUCUGCCUACGGAGGCCACGGACGAGCGCAAGGAACGCUCGACGGAGGAACGGAAGCAGUCUGACAGGAAGCUGUACAAGAGAUCGUCGAUCAGCAGUCUGAACCUGCCGGAUCGAAAAGGCACGUUGGUUUCGGGAACGUCCGAGAAAUGCAACACCUUGGACAGCUCGAAAUCAGUCAACUCGGUCGCAAAGGCGACCCUGAAGAGGGACUCCUUCUCGUCGUUGAACGGCCAGCGGAAGUACAAGACCAGCUUGUGCGAGCGGAGGGACUCCGAGGCGAGCAUCGAGGAUAGGAGCUGCAGCUCGCACAGCCUUGCGCCCUCCACGCGUCCCAGCUCGUCUCUCAUCAAUUCGCAGACGGUCCUGCCGUGCCUGAACGCCGUUGUCAUGGGCGCCGUCAACGGGGAGGUGCCUUCGAGCGAGAGCGCGGUGACGAAGAGCACGCUGCCGAAGGUCCAGAGGACGCACUCCAACUUGCAGAACGGCAAGGCGAACAUACCGCUCGUGAUAAACAGCGCGUUGCUCAAUCUCCUGCGGCAGACGCCCGUCGAAGACGGCGGCAGUAUCGUCACGUAUACGAAUAUAAACGCGGACGCUGUCAGAGUGAAUGGGUCGUGAGUCGCCGCCGAUCGGGGCAAAUUUCGCUUUCUGUACAAAAAGAAAAAUAGGUGAGGCUCGUACGAAUCGCGAGUUCUCUGAGCUUGAAUGACGUAAAUCGAGGCAACUAAACAUUUCAACCAUUUAUGAAAUAUGGUAACAGAUUUCUACAUCGCACAUAUUAUUUUUGACGCAAUAUUUUUAAGUGGCUCCCGUAGUAGACUUAUUCUUCUCCAGAAGCUAUGUCCAGUUGUGGAUUUGCCUUGUAGCUCGUAAAAAAAAUUACUCGAGACAGUCGCUACGAUUUUUGCUCAAAUUUUUGUUUGUUUUUUUUCUUUCGUUUUAUUCUAACGCGGUGCCUUAAAUAUAUCAAACACAUGCGCUCAUACAUUAAGCUCUGCUUUACAUUAAUGUCCAAGUAUUUCAUAUGUGAAGAGGAAUGCGCGAAGCGGAGUUAAGAAUAGCUUUAAACUGCCAUUUUAAUGUACAUACAUGAAUUUUAUACUCAAAAAUUUGUCACGCUGAUAUGGCAGGUCAUUUCGGAACGUAUAAAUUUUGCGAUUUCAAUAAUAAUCGCAAAACUGUUAUUUAAUAUAGGAGUAAUACGUUGAUGCAGAACGAUAAAUGUGAGAUAUAUAUAUAUAUAUAGUUUAACUUUAUAAUUACACAAUUUUAAAUAACAUAUUUAUUGAAUAAAAUCUGUGGAACUUUUCACUGUUCAUUGUACAAAUUUCAUGUUUAACAAUAAUUAGUAAAUACGGAAAUCAAUAUAAGAAAUUGUUAAGUUUUCUGCGUAGUUUUAACAAUACGAGAAAGUGUACGUGUAAUUUUAUUAAAAGGAUCAGCUAGAGUGUAUAAAAUCUUGCGAGGUCUACGCGACGGACUGACUACACUUGAAAUUUGUAUUUUAGCUUUAGAGGAAAAUAAAUUGUGGAUCGACGAAUACUAAAUAAUUGUAAAUAAUAUAUUACAAAUAAUACAUUCGAGAUUUAUUUUUUACCUACACGAGUUACAUACGCGAUACAUUUCAAACUCUACAAGGGCACUAAAUAAACGCCACAGAAAAAUGUACAAAAGAGAAAUGAGGUAUUAUUCUCCUUUUCUUGCGGUGACUAAAUAAAUUUUGGACUUGCAAAAUAUAUUUCAGAGACUCACGAUUUUAAAAAAAUCCUAUUUUAUACAUGUAUAAUACUAAUAUGCGUUUAAACAGUUCCGAGAGUUCAAGAAAGAUUAUGAAUAAAACUUUGUAUCUACA